GGGCUUUAAACACACAAGUUAUCAUCUUCUUCCAUCUAAAGCUGAGUGAAAAGCCCUAGCAGUAUAUGCGUCACUCUAUUUAAAACCGGAAACCCUAAUUCCCUUCUUUCAGAUCUCUGCUCAAGCCGUCGAAAAUGUCGAAGCGAGGACGUGGAGGAACGUCGGGUAACAAGUUCAGGAUGUCGCUGGGUCUUCCAGUGGCGGCGACGGUGAACUGCGCCGACAACACGGGAGCCAAGAACCUUUACAUCAUUUCGGUGAAAGGGAUCAAAGGUCGUCUUAACCGAUUGCCUUCUGCUUGCGUCGGAGACAUGGUGAUGGCCACCGUCAAGAAGGGAAAGCCUGAUCUCCGUAAAAAGGUUAUGCCAGCUGUCAUCGUUAGGCAGAGGAAGCCAUGGCGCCGAAAGGAUGGUGUCUUCAUGUACUUCGAAGAUAAUGCUGGAGUCAUCGUCAACCCCAAGGGAGAAAUGAAAGGUUCUGCGAUCACUGGUCCCAUUGGUAAAGAGUGCGCUGAUCUCUGGCCGAGGAUUGCUAGUGCUGCCAAUGCCAUUGUCUAAUGAUCAGUGCAAUUACUAGUCUGUCUUUGCUGGUUUUUGAUUAUCAUUCUAAACUUUGUUGGUGUUUUAAAUUAUAUCAAAACAAAUUUGAGAAUUUUGGUAAAAUGUAUUUUGAUAUCCUGACAAUACGACAUUCAAUUAUCUUGGUUAUUUUUGAAACAA